AUGAGGGCUCCCUUUUCUCUAGCUUUGCGCGUCGGCACUGAUAUCGUCGCCACAAGCCGUAUUCUUUCCCCCAUCAAGCCUGACAGCAAUCGAUUGGUCAGAUUAACCCGACGUUUUCUACAUCCGAAAGAAAUUGAUGACCUCAAUCGCCGAUUCCCGUUCUGGAAGAAUCCGAAUUCGGAGGAUGAAAGCAAGAGGAGACAGCUGGCCGCGUGGAUUGGUGGCCGUUGGGCAGCUAAGGAGGCCGCCAAAAAGGCCUGGAAUGCCACUUUACUCAGCUUCAGGGACCUGAGAGUUGAAACCGAAUACGGAGGCGGCGUGCAAAUCAUUUGCGAUACUUGUCUUACUUCAGAUCCCACACCCACCAGCAAAGUGACUGAUCAAGCUGCGCAACUGAGUAUCAGUCACGACGGAGAUUAUACUGUCGCAACGGUCAUUGCAACACCUCUGCAUCCGGAUAUUUCGGCCGAGCUAGGAUUGAGGAAGGUCGAGGCCGAAUCAAGGCUCGCCCGUAAUUCUUCUCAUGAAGUCAUCGAUUCGAAGCCAGACAUCCGUUCUGUAAGAUAUUUCUCUGGAAUACCACUCACCAUGGCCCCAAAGUUCCGUGGCCAGAAUACCUAUGAACAAGACCCACGAUGGAGUGCGGUCGAUGCUUACACUUCAGCUCAUCUUCUUUUUCCUUCGCGGAACAAGUUCCACGAUGCCUUGGAAUUCACCCAUUCAAACUCCCUUGCCAAAGGACUUCCAGAUAUUGCUUCAUACCCCGCACAAGGGAAGCUCCUGUCCGUUCAAGUUCAAAUCUCAGGGGCCAAGAACAUAUUGGAAGUCGGAACGCUGGGGGGAUAUUCUUCCAUUUGGAUGGCAACCGGGGCCGGGAAUGAUGCUCAAAUCACCACUGUCGAGGUUGACCCAAAGCAUAAAGAGGUAGCUGAGGAAAACAUUGCCCAUGCUGGACUCAGCAAUCAAAUUAACGUCCUGCUUGGUCCAGGAUUGGAGGUCCUGCCAGAAUUGGUCAAAGAAGUUCAAGCGGGCAAACGCGAUCCAUUUGAUUUUGUUUUCAUCGACGCCGACAAACAGAACAAUCUGGCAUAUUUUGAGCUUGCACUGCAAAUGACAAAACCUCGGACGUGCAUCUAUGUGGACAAUGUUGUCCGACGUGGGAGACUCGCUGACGAGGCCGCCGCUCAGGAAGAUGAACGAGUGGCAGGCACCAGGAAACUUGUCGAGUCCGUGGGAAGGAAUGAAAAGGUCGACGCAGUGGUCGUCCAAACAGUAUCGGAGAAGAAUUACGAUGGGUUUCUGAUGGCCGUGGUGAAGUAG